AUGCGGGCGGCGGGUCUGUGCGGCGAGGCCUACUGGGCGGUCGCGCCCGGGGGCUUGAGACCCCCUUUGCAGCGUCUGCUUCGGGCGCUUUCGCCCCCCGCGCGCCUGCGGGAGAAGCAUCUGGGCGCUGCGCGUGGUUUCCGGCCGCAUCUCCCACCCCCGCGGGGCCUCGGCUCUCCGGGGGGCCCGUGCUGCCGGGGCGCGGGGUCCCGGGCAGUCCCGCUCGAGACCCCGGAGCUGGACCAAGCCUGCAGUUUGCGUGAUUUUGAUUUGGUGAAAACUUUACAAAAAACUUCUAUAGAAUUUUUUAUAAAAAAUUCUCCCCAUUCUCUUGGAAUGGACCUAAAUACUAAUAGAAGUAGUCCCCACCUUAGUACAAAUGGGGUGUCCUCUUUCUCAGGGAAGACCAGACCGUCUGUAAUUGAAGGUGCAGUUGAAGUCCUCACCUCUUUAAUGCAAGAGCUACAAAACAAUGACAAGACUGAUUCGGAGCUUUGGAAAAACUGUGAGACCAGGUGGUUGCAGCUGUUCAACUUGGUGGAGAAACAGUGUGAGGAGCAGAUAGUGGCCCAGCAGGAGCAAUUCCACAACCAGAUUCAACGAAUACAGGAGGAGAUAAAAAAUUUAGUCAAGUUACAGACCAAUAAUGCUUCCUGGGCGACUUAUGGCAGUUCUUUAAGUGCACCGGUGCCUGCAGAAAGUCCAAUGGGUUUUUUCCCGGAUCCCAGUGAGAGAAAUGAAGCAAUUCUCCCCUACCCUGCGCCCGACAAGCCUGAAAUGCACCAGGAAACGCCCAGCUCGCAGGCUGACUGCAGUGCCGAGGGCAGCUGCGUGAGCAGCGGCUAUGGAACCUGCACCUCCGAGCUAAACGCCAAUAAGGCCGGGGCCUCGAGACACCUCAUGGAGCAUGAGGCGGAGUCUGCAGGACCCUGUGGGGCGGCAGGGGACCAGGCUGAGCCCUGCCAGCCGCACACAGACUGUGGACACGGCAGGGGCGACCACCCGCAGGCAGCCCAGGGCCUCUCCGUAGGUGCCUCUCUCUUUCCCGGGGAACUGGAACAUGAUUUUCUUGGAAAAAGUCAAAUUUCAGAAGUAUACAGUGGGAAAAAAAAUAGUAAUAAAGCUAUAACAUCGUGGGCACAAAAACUGAAACAGAACCAGCCAAAGCGAGUACACUCGGGAGAGGGCUGUUCCCGGCCAGUGCAGGCCGGCCAGCAGUCUGACCUCCCUGCUGCUGCUCGUCCUCCUGCCUUUUACCUCAACAAGCCCGAGGAGCUUCCCGACGCAUGGCUGUCCGACUCGGGAGCAGGGCUGCUGUACUGGAAGCUGGAGGAGAAGGACAUGUACCACUCCCUGCCUGAGACUUUCGACAGGUCCCUCGCACCCCCCACAGCUUGGUGCCCAAGCCAGUUUAAUGCUAGUAAUGAGAUGAAGCUACCAUCACUGAAGGAUAUUUAUCAUAAAAAACAAAGGGAAAACAAGCAGUUUCCGGAGAGGGAUCUCACUUGCGCUUCCCACCCAAAUCACCCACCAGAGGUGCUGACUCUGGACCCCUCGGCUCAUGGGAAGCCCAGCUCCCGCGGCGCCCUCGAGGACCGGACAUCCUCCUCGCCUGACUCAGUGCUGGGGCCCACUCUCUCCAGCCACUCUGACAUCGACUCAUUUUCACAAGCAAGUCACGUCACGUCCCAGUUGUCUGGAUUCCCCAAGUCUCCAUCCCACUUGAAAACCUCGCCGGGGGACCCCUGGGAAAGCCACACCUUCCAGAACGAAAGUAGGACCAGUUCCGCCUUCGCUUCUGUGUACACCGCUGCGAGCAGCGACGUCUCGGUGAACACCGUGGAGGGAGCCACCACGGCCACGUGCCCAUCGGUCUCCGUCCGCCAGUCCCCGCUCCUGGCUGUGCCAGCUGAGCGCAUCUCCUCAGCACCCCCAGGGGACCCUGUGCUCAUGUCUCAGAUCAGGCAGACCCUGAAGGAGAAGCACGCUCGGCAUGUUGCAGAUCUUCGAGCUUACUAUGAAUCGGAAAUAAAUAGUUUGAAACAGAAACUGGAGGCAAAGGAAAUCUGUGCAGCUGAAAAUUGGAAGAAAACCAAUCAAAUUCUUAUAGAUAGAUGUGGCCAGUUAGAUAGUGCUCUGAGUGAAGCCACUGGUCGUGUGAAAACCCUCGAAAAUAAGAAUAACUUACUGGAAAUAGAAGUGAGUGACCUUCGAGACCGCUUCCUUGCCGCCAGCAGCGCCUCCACGGUGCUGCAGGAGCGGAUCGAGGAGAUGCGGGCCAGCAGCAAGGAGAAGGACGGCACCAUCCUGCGGCUGCAGGCCCGGCUACAGGACGUGGAGGAGGCGUUCGAGAGCGCGUACCGCCUCUCCGACGACAAGGAGGCCCGGCUCCGGCAGGAGGCCAAGAUGUUCCAGGACCUUUUGUUAGAAUAUGAGUCUCUCGGGAAGGAGCACGAGAGGGUGAAGGAAACCUUGAACACAACUGAGAACAAGUUGCUUGACGCGCGCACCCAGAUCUCUGAUUUAAAAAGAACAAUUUCCAAACUGGAAGCUCAGAUCAAGCAGGUGGAGCACGAGAGCCUGGUGGGUCUCCGCCGUCACCUCCGCGCCCCUGCGAGAGCCUCCUGCGCCGAGACUGGUCUCCCUGCCUCUCGCACCCUCGCCGCCUCUGAUGUCAGCAGGCGCAAGUGGCUGAUUCCCGGGGCCGAGUACUCGAUCUUCACUGGCCAGCCCCUGGCCCUCCAGGGUCAGAGAGAAGAGAACCCGCUGGAGAAAAUCUCUGCUCCUGGGGACUCCCGGCCCGGAAGCCCGCCAACAACAGAACCGAGAGACACUGCAGACGGCCCAGUAGUGAAGGCGCUUAAACAGUUGGAGGAAGAAAAAACACUGAAAAAUCUGGGCACACAGACAGACGAUCCCUCCAAUAAACCAGUCAGUUCUCAUCUAACUGGAACUUCUGUCAGUGCGAGUCGGUCCCCCGAGAAAUGCGCCCAUCAGAGACAGAAGCGACAGAGCUCUGCUGCUCAGCGCUCGUCCUCUCUGCCGCCCUCCAGCCGCAGGUCCAGCCCUCCAGCGAGAAGAGAGAUCAUGUUAACACCAGUGACUGCAACUUACAGUCCAAAGCGAUCCCCUAAAGAAAAUUUGUCUCCAGGAUUUAGUCAUCUACUUAGCAAAAGUGAAAACAGUUCCAUUCGAUCUGAUAUACUUUUGGAUGAUUUAGAUGCUGCUCCCGCGGCGGCAGCGCCCCACGCCGGUGCCCGGAGGCAGCUGCAGCUCCCUCCUCCAGCUGACGCGGAAGAAGAACAGUCAUGGGCAGUGGCUGCGCACACCCUGGCUCCCGUGGGCGGCCUUCACCCCGAGCCCAUGCCGAGGGCAGUGACGCCCCCCAUGGCCAGCCCGGGCCCAGCCCCGCCUGCCGCAGCCGCCCGGCCAGAAGGUGACUUUGAAUAUACAGCAAAAAUCAGGACUCUUGCCGAGACAGAACGUUUUUUUGAUGAACUUACCAAAGAAAAGGAUCAGAUCGAGGCGGCGCUGAGCCGAAUGCCUUCUGGAGGACGGGUCACUUUGCAGACGAGGUUAAACCAGGAAGCCUUGGAAGAGCGCUUGGAGAGGGUCAACCGAGAGCUGGGUUCCAUCCGAAUGACAUUAAAGAAAUGCCAUGUUCUGCGCACCUGUGCAAACCUCUGAGAUUUGUUGCCAUUAAAUUUUAAGAUGUUUUUGUUUGCACUAACAUAUAAUUAGCACUCAGAAAAGACGUAAACUAUUUUGUACUGUUUAUAAGCCUUCAAAUGGUAGUUUUACAAUCAUGCUGUUCUUACACUUGCUAUUUUAUACUUCAGAUGGCCACAUAUUUUCAAGAUAUUUUUGUUAUUCUCAGGAAUCUCUUGUAUAUUUGACUAUUUCAAAAGUGUUAUUUUAAAAUAGUGUAAGUCUCCACUUUAUAUUAAAAGCAAGGGAGUGUAAACAGAAGAGGUAGCUUGUUUCUUAAAGUGUUCCCCUUUUUCAGUGAACUUUGCACACCCAUUUUGUAAGUUUGUUCCACAUUGGAAAUUAGUUUUUAAAAGCUCAGCGCUAAUAGACA